UAAGGAGAGAGCAGGUGGAUGUGUGAAGGUGUUCAUUUACCCAUUCAGAGACACAAAUACAGAAGAGACAGGGGCGCAGGCAGACACCCCGGGACAGGCUCGGAGAGUCGCUGGAAGAGGCAGAGUCUGAGGCCCCCAGAGCAAAGGAGACGGGCAGUCUAGACCAGGCGCCUCUAUGCCCCUGUUCGCCCUCAGGCUAAAAUUGUCAGCUAGGACCGCCUUCCUGCCUCUGGCCGCCUAAACCCCUCGCAGCUUGCAGGCUGCAGCUGCUGGCGCCACCCGAGUAAGAAGAUCCGAUCCAGACGCCACGCUCUACUUUCCAGGGUAGUGUAGACCUUCCAGGGUGCGGGCGCCAGCUGCGGGGGCCGUCGCGCUGACCAAUGACGGCGCGCAGAGAUCGGCGCGGCCUUAUCGUCCGCCAAUCAGAACUCAGCGGCGUCUCAGCCGCGGCCACACGGGCACCCGCAGUGGGCCUGGGCUUUCCUCUGCACAGUUCCGCCCGCAGACGCUGCCCACGCAAGUGAUGUCAGCAGGGCUUUUUGCGGGUCUGGACAAAUCCUCAUCGGCCUGAGCUUUGCCUUUGCAACCCCCUAACCAGGCGCCACGAGGUUGUCCGUGGCUCGCGCUUCUCUUUUUCCAAAGGCCGCGGAGUCUUUUGGGUGAGCACGGAGACCAACUAAUACUUCCUCCUGCGAGACCUGCCUCUUACUUUAGGAUCCGAGUCUUAUACGCUGACCAGACUUUGCGCAGCUCGCCGAUUGGAAGUGGCGACUGCCUGGCAAGCAUUUGCGCUUCUCCCCUCCUUUGACUUUCUUGGCCAGGUUAAGGGAUAAGAGAGGGUGGAGUUGCCUCAGUUCUGGGAGAGCCCGUUUGUGAUUUCGGAACAGGGAUGUGCAGAUGGAGGCCGGAGGAGACACUGCUGCCCCGGCCCCCGGGGGCACGGAGGACUUGGAGGACACGCAGUUCCCCCGUGAGGAAACUAGGGAAGGUGAAGGAGCUCACGCUGUCCCACUGGAUCUCAAAGAGGAGGGCCUGGAGGAAACAGGAUCCAAGGACAAGGACCAGCCACCCAGCCCAUCACCACCACCCCAGUCAGAGGCCCCAUCAAGCACCUCUCAGCUCUGGAGUCCUGCAGCCCCUGAGAAUAGUCCCACGCGUAGCCCUGAGAAUGGCUCUGGAGGCCAGGGUGGGGACCCCAGUGAUGAGGACUGGCGCAGCCAGCGGAAGCAUGUGUUUGUGCUGAGUGAGGCUGGCAAGCCCAUCUAUUCUCGGUACGGUAGUGUGGAGGCACUGUCGGCUACCAUGGGUGUAAUGACUGCCCUCGUGUCCUUCGUGCAGAGUGCAGGAGAUGCCAUCCGUGCCAUCUACGCUGAGGACCACAAGCUGGUGUUCCUACAGCAGGGCCCACUGUUGCUCGUGGCCAUGUCACGGACUUCUCAGUCAGCCGCCCAACUGCGGGGGGAGCUGCUAGCUGUGCACGCACAGAUCGUGAGCACACUGACACGUGCAAGUGUCGCCCGCAUCUUCGCACACAAGCAGAACUAUGACCUCCGCCGCCUGCUGGCUGGCUCAGAGCGCACACUGGACCGACUUCUGGAUAGUGUAGAGCAGGACCCAGGUGCUCUGCUCCUGGGCGCUGUGCGCUGUGUGCCCCUUGCCCGCCCCCUGCGGGACGCACUGGGUGCGCUCCUCCGACGUUGCACAGCACCUGGCCUGGCGCUAUCAGUGCUGGCAGUAGGCGGCCGACUGAUAACAGCAGCCCAGGAGCGGAAUGUGCUGGCUGAGUGCCGGCUGGACCCAGCGGACCUGCAGCUGCUGCUCGACUGGGUGGGUGCACCAGCCUUUGCGGCAGGUGAGGCUUGGGCACCAGUGUGCCUGCCCCGCUUCAACCCUGAUGGUUUUUUCUACGCCUACGUGGCCCGUCUGGAUGCUAUGCCUGUCUGCCUGCUGCUGCUUGGCACCCAGCGCGAAGCCUUCCAUGCCAUGGCUGCCUGCCGGCGCCUGGUUGAAGACGGGAUGCAUGCCCUUGGUGCCAUGCGUGCCCUUGGGGAGGCUGCCAGCUUCUCUAACGCCUCAUCAGCCAGUGCUCCUGCCUACAGCGUGCAGGCUGUGGGGGCGCCGGGCCUCCGUCACUUCCUGUAUAAGCCGCUGGACAUCCCUGACCACCACCGUCAACUGCCCCAGUUUACCAGCCCCGAGCUAGAGGCCCCCUACAGCAGAGAGGAGGAGCGGCAGCGGCUGUCGGACCUGUACCACCGCUUGCAUGCUCGCCUUCACAGCACCUCCCGACCCCUGCGCCUUAUUUACCAUGUGGCUGAGAAGGAGACGCUGCUGGCCUGGGUGACCUCCAAAUUUGAGCUCUAUACCUGUCUCAGUCCUCUGGUCACCAAGGCAGGUGCAAUCUUGGUAGUGACCAAACUCCUGCGCUGGGUGAAGAAAGAGGAGGACCGGCUCUUCAUUCGUUACCCACCCAAGUACUCCACACCACCAGCCGCCUCUACAGACCAAGCUGCCCAUAAUGGCUUGUUCACUGGACUCUGAGAGAUGGAGCUCCCAGACCAGGCAAUGCUGGGAGCAACCACCUGUUUUUUACCUUCUGUCUCCAUCCUGGAAAUGUGGGUGGGGGUGUGUCUGUGGCCAGUCAUUGUCUCCCUAGGCAAUGGGGCAAGAUCUGAGGGCCUGCCAGUGAGAGAGAUGGUGGCAGUAGCCAGGCAAGCAGGCUGCUUUCUACACCCAGUCACGCACCUCCCCAUCUGGGAAAAUCCUUAGGCCUCCCUCUCCCUUCCCUCUGUCUCACCUCCUCCACUUGGAUGAUGCUGUGGCCUCUGUCACGGACUGUCCCCUGCAAACUUGCUUCAGGGGUCAAUCUCAGUUGAAUCUCAGCCCUGAGUGUCCAGGGCUGGUGAAGGUCUCUAGGGUGGCCCACAGGGGUGCUGGAAUUGGAAAUUCAGGGCCAGACUGUGCUUGGAACUGGCCUAGGGGUAUUUUAAAGAAAAAGCUGUAUAUAAAAUGUCUAAAAGUAAGACCCACAGGGAUAUUCCUUUGCCCUUCUUAUACUUCUUUUCAUCUUCACCCUACCAAAAAUUACCCCCCUCCAUGCUGGCUGCUGCUAACAUUAAUGAGAAGGUGGCCUCCAGUGUCCACCUGUGGAACCCUGACUGCACACUGGCUGAAUCCAGCAUUUUUACGUAGGAGAUGCACAUAGCUUCUAAGUCUCAUUUUACUCGUCUGUGAAACAGAUAAGUACCCUCUCUCAUGAACUCUUUAAUGAAGAUUUGUAAAUGAAAACAGAGUGGAACUCUGUGUACCGCCACACAGCACGUCUGUCCAGACCUUGACAGCCUGCACAAGAGAAGCAGCCUAAAGUGGGAGAGACCUCCCCAGGGUUUUGUAUGUGCGCACACUACCCUCACUCCCCGCUGGCCACUACCCUAGUUCUGCCCUUUUUUGUCAAAGUUGGAGUUAACAGCCUCAAGGUUGCGGCACACGUGCGGUCGAUCCCGGACACUGCGUUGCGCGCCUGCCCAGAGCCGACUCCUGAGUCAACCGAUAGCGCAUGCGCAACCUGCCCACCAGCGCGCUGGAAAGCCCGUCGUCCUCACGUGGUUUCUUUUUUAACCAAUCAUCAAGCAAGCCUCGCGCUCGGGCCCUUCGUUAGAGAAUGGCUGGGAAGCCGAAACCUCUGAACGUGGAAGCGCCAGAAGCCGCGGAGGAGGCUGAAGGUAGUGAGGGCAAGUGGGUUGCACUCCUUUCUCUCCGACCAGGGCAGAAAGGAGGGAGGGUUCAUCCCAUUACAAGAAUGAAAUGAUGAUAAUCUAAUAGUUUUUUUUUUUUUUAAUGUUAAGCGUUUUGUUAUUGAAGAAAAAAAAUGUGUUAACCGUUCAGCAGAGUGGAGAUAAAUUAACAGGCAUAUUAUCGCCGAGAUUAACAUUUGUCAACUCUAGUGAAUAUAUUGUUUAAAUAAUACAUAGGUCAGUGUGCCAGCCUAAAAACAAAAGUGGAGCGGAUGUUCUCAUAAAAAUCACCCUGCUGCAGCCACCCUUAUUAACAGUAAUUCCCAGUGUCGCCGUUUCACGCCUAUCCCAUAUCACACUUUGCUGAACUUUUAAACCUCUUAACGGAACACGGCCUCCCCACAGCCUCUUUUCUCCAGGGUAUUGACUUGAAUGACAGGCAAAGGAGGGUGGAGAAGUGUCGGCCUAGACACUAUUGGAAAUUGUGUUCCGGCCAAAAGAAA